AUGGUACCUUUCAAGUUGACGAAAAAAGUGUCCACGGAUACGGAUUCCUCGGUGAUUUCAGCCCAGAGUUUGCCUAGAGCGAUGCCCUUCAUGGACAACCAAAACGGUACGCGAAUAAUAACCCCUUCAGCGCCUCCAAAUCAACAAAGAAAUAUAUCAGGGGCGUCAACCGCUUUACCUUCGCCAAUGGAGCGCCAAGAUGCAGGGAAAUACGUCUGGAACAGGAUCAAACUAAAGAACUCUCCGUUCCCCCGUUAUCGUCAUUCCGCCUCACCUAUUGUUACAAACGAUAAUAGGAUUUUUGUGACUGGUGGACUUCACGAUCACUUAGUGUAUGGUGACACUUGGCAGUUAUCUGCUAAUUUGGAUGGCACUAGCUUUGUUUCCAAGACAAUUCAGAUUGGUCAGAACACGCCCCCUCCCAGAGUGGGCCAUGCUUCUACCAUUUGCGGCAAUGCCUUUGUAGUAUUUGGAGGUGAUACACACAAGCUCAAUAUGAAUAAAUUGUUGGAUGAUGAUCUCUAUCUUUUCAACAUUAAUUCUUAUAAGUGGACGAUACCGCAGCCUGUCGGCACUAGACCUUUGGGUAGGUAUGGCCAUAAAAUCUCUAUUAUUGCUAACAAUCCGAUGCAAACCAAAUUGUAUCUUUUUGGUGGACAGAUUGAUGAAACUUAUUUCAAUGAUCUAGCCAUGUUCGAUUUGUCAUCGUUUCGUAGGCCAAAUUCCCAUUGGGUAUUUUUGAAACCUAUUAGUACUGUACCCCCUGCUGUGACAAACCAUACGAUGGUAACAUUUGAUAACAAAUUAUGGGUAUUUGGUGGGGAAACUCCAAAGACGUUAAGCAAUGAAACAUUUUGUUACGAUCCAGUACAAAAUGACUGGUCUAAAAUCCAAACGACGGGCGAAACGCCUCCACCAAUACAAGAGCAUGCUAGUGUGGUAUAUAAACAUUUAAUGUGCAUAUUUGGCGGCAAGGACAUCGAUAACGCAUAUUCUAAUGAUGUUUAUUUCUUAAAUUUGAUAACAUUCAAAUGGUACAAACUUCCUCGUAUCAAGGAGGGAUUACCUAAAGAACGAUCUGGCCAUUCUUUAACGUUAAUAAAAAAUGACAAGCUUGUUAUCAUGGGUGGUGAUAAGUUCGAUUAUGCUAGUUCAAGUGUUCACGAUCUACAUACUUCAUCCACUGAUCAAGGCGAAGGAACGUUAUUGUAUACCCUCGAUUUGUCGCAUCUAGGUGACCUUUGUCCGGGGAUAAUGGGCGAAUCGCUAUACAACGAAGGUGACAUUUCAAAUUUUCCUUAUGGAAAAUCCGCGAACUCAAACUCAGUUGGAAAUGAAAACCAAGAGAUGAUAAAUAUCCUCACACCUAAAUUACCCAAUCUUAAGACUUUCAGCCCAAGUGAUGUCACCGGGGCCACCGGAAGUAACUUUACCGAUGCAGGGGUCCAAAUGAGUAAAACGCGACACGAUAAAGAGGAAGAAAGGUCACAGCCUUGCGAAAUCGACGAAACUACAAAAUCUGAAUUUUCACUUCCUGAUGAUAAAUUUGCCUUUAUUAACAAAAGGGCUGCAUAUAAUACCGAAAAUAUCAAAAAUAAUGCUCCUAUUCUGCAAGGUUUGGCAAUAGAUACAAAAGAAUACAAUCCUCCUUCAUUCAAAGAAACGCAAAACGACAAAGUAAUUCUCAGGAGUAUAUAUGAUGAAUUGUCUUCGGAAAUCCAAUCAUUGCACCUUGAAACGCAACAGAAAGAACUUGAAACUGCUAGGCAUAUUUCCGAAUUAGAGAAAGAAGUUCAAAGAUUAAUGAUAAUAAAAGAGGCUUCGAAAGACUCUAAUUUCCAGAUGGCACGAUUCAAGAAUUUAGAAAUUCAAAAGACUUUCUUGGAAUCUAGAAUUCAAGAUUUACUAGAGUUAGUAGAAAAGAAACUUUCUCAAGCACAAGAAAUUAAUAGUGAAAUUGCAAUUCGGAAUACAAAACUGGAAGCAUACUUUGAAGAGAGCGAUACUGAAAAGGAGCUUAUCGACUUGGAGAGGAAGUGUGACAUUCUGAAGAGUCAAAAUGAAAAACUCAAACGAAACGCAGAAAAUGGGAAUGCCAAACUUCCCAGUCGCAUGACAGGUUUAUCCAGCCGUUUGAAUCAAUUAUUGGCGAUGGGGCCGAUCAACGCUGCAACACCUUCGAACGAAAGAGAUAAAAAAAUUGAAGGGGUCGAACCGUUGAGAAAAAUGGACAGGAUAAUAGAUGAAAUACACGAAACAGCUAAAAUAAAAAACGAAUUGAUGAAUAAAAAACAAAAGUUAACCGGUGAAAAGACUGCUUUACAAGCUGAUCUUCUGGCUAAGAACGAUAAGCUGGAAGCGUUAAAAAAAAUAUUUGACGGAAGUUCAAAAUCAAUGUUAUUGACCCAGAAGGCUAUUGACUUGUCACGAUCAGAGCGUGAAAAAUACAAGCAAUGCACCGAUGAUUUGCAGCAACAAAUCGACAAAUUGAAAAACGAACAAACUGGACAACAGGAACGACAUAGUACUGUCGCCUAUAGCAAUUCAGACACAAUCCACAGAAUGAAACUCAACAAUCUCAAGACUGAGCUAUAUAUCUCGAAAGAAGAUAGAGACACUCUCAAAGAAGAAGUGUUAAUUUUGAAGAAAAGACUCUACACUCUUCAAACACAACAAUCUCAGUAA